AUGAAACGAUGGUAUUUGAGACCCGACGAUUCAGAGAUCUUUUUCGACCCGAAACGCGCUCCAGCUGCAGCGAUUUUCCAUUUUCUCACAACUUUAUUGUUAUACACAUAUUUAAUCCCGAUUUCUCUAUACGUUUCAAUAGAAAUCGUGAAAGUUCUACAAACGAUUUUCAUCAACAACAACAUUCAUAUGUACUACGAAGAAGCUGAUAAACCCGCACACACGCGAACUUCAAAUAUCACCGAAGAACUCAGCCAAAUCAACACGAUUUUAUCAGACAAAACUGGGACUUUAACCUGCAAUUCAAUGGAGUUCAUCAAGUGUUCAAUAGCAGGAACAACAUACGGACGUGGUGUUACAGAAGUUGAAAGAGCUAUGGCGAAAAAGACAGGAUCACCAUUGGUUGUUAAUGGAAGAGUUCUUGAUGACGAUAAUGAUGAUGAAGACGAUGAUUCUGGGUUAUUUAAGUUCUUUAGAUUACUUGCGAUUUGUCACACAGCGAUUCCUGAUGUUGAUGAAGAAACAGGGACAGCGAUUCCUGAUGUUGAUGAAGAAACAGGGAGAGUUACUUAUGAAGCUGAAUCCCUGAUGAAGCUGCUUUUGUUAUAG